UCUUUUUAAUAUCUCCUUAUAUACAUACUAAGUAAAUAAGUGAACAACCCUUUCUCAAAUAUACCCAUUAUGCCUUGGCUACAACUAGUUUUUAUCUUGUAUUUCAUCUUGGUGCUUCUUUUACCAUCAAUUUCUGCUGCUGUAAUCACCAAACUUGGAUGUGAGGAUAAAUGUGGGAAUUUAUCGAUUCCAUAUCCAUUUGGAGUCGGGUCGAAUUGCUCGCUCGGCCCAUCCUUCACGGUGAGUUGCAAUACUUCCACAAACCCUCCAAAGGCGUAUCUUUCCAUCAUCAAUAAAGAAGUGAUUGAAAUAAAUGAAACAUAUAUUCGGGUAAAGUACCCCAACCUGGUUUCAGUUUGCUAUGAUUCGUCAGCAGCAGAAUCAUCAUAUUCAUACAAAGAUAGUAUGGCUGUGAACUUGACGGGGACUCUGUAUGCGCUGUCGAUGUACACAAACAGACUCACCGCCAUAGGCUGCGAUGACGCCGUGCUGCAGUCCAACGGAACUUCCACCAACGGAGGUUGCUCAGCGUUUUGUGACGACGACACUGAUAAGGGCGGCGUCGGGUAUUGCCCAUUUGAUCCUACUUUGCUCGGGAAUGGUUGUUGCCAGGCUCAAAUCGUCGGAGACUCGGGUUUAGUGGGAGCAGAAUUAAUUGAGUUUAGCAGAAUAGUGCAACGUAGAAGACUUUUCCCAUGCAGUUACGCCUUUAUCCAGGAAGUCUCAGAUGCAACUGGAUUUUCAUAUCCGUUAUACUACCUCCAUAACUCAACAGCAUUGCAUAAUGAUAAUUGGGCAUCAUCAACAAGUCCUCCGGUGGUGCGGCUGGACUGGGUUCCCGGGGCUCAAAACUGCAGCCAAGCAAAGCUCAAUCCUUCUACUUACGCGUGUCGAGAUGACAAGAGCCUAUGUGUUGAUGUUGCUAAUGUCAGUAGAGGAUACCAGUGCAGCUGUGUGCAAGGAUACGAGGGCAAUCUUUAUCUACUUGGAGGCUGCCAACCAAUUUCAUUUUCCAGUAGUUCAAUUGCUAAAUAUGGAUGCCGAGAUCAAUGUGGGGAAUUAUCAAUUCCGUUUCCAUUUGGAAUCGGGCGGAAUUGCUAUUUGGCGCCAUCUUUUGAAAUAGAAUGCGAUACAUCCACCAACCCUCCAAAAGCCUACCUCUCAGUUAUGAAGGCUGAAAUCACCAACUUCAAUUCAUCACAGGUUCGGGUCAACUAUCCAACCUUGGGUUUAGCUUGCUACAAUUGGUCCGAUUCUCAGCGGAGAAUCAUUAAGACAGAGGAGAAAAGCUUGAUUAUAGACUUGUCGACAACUCAAUUCACGUUGUCGGAAGAUAGCUGGAUCUCUGUGAUUGGGUGCGAUGAUGUAAUGGUGGGUACGAUUCGACAUGCCAAUCGGACUUCUGUUGGCACCAUCUGCGCAGCUGUUUGCAAAAAUAAUCAAAUUGCCAAUGACUAUUAUGCAUAUUGUCCAACAAAAACUGAUGAGUACUGGCCCGGCAAUGGCUGUUGCAGGGCACCCAUUCCUAGAGGCACCUCUUACCUGGAAGCGAAUUUGAGUGACUUCAGUGGACGAUGGCCACGUACCAAUUUCUCUUGUAGCUACGCAUUCCUUGGAACCAAGGAUGAUUAUUAUCAAGCAACAUACCCCGUUUUGAAUAACUCAACAGAGAUUCAAACUGAUGAUCCACAAAGAAAUUAUCGAUUGACAAUUUUUCCACUGGAUUGGAGGAUUGGUGCAUUGAAUUGCAAAGAAGCGCAAUUGAAUCCGACUGAUUAUGUGUGUCAGAAUAACACAGACUGCAUUGAUUUCGAUGCAACAAUUGGAGGGUACCUCUGCAACUGCUCCAGAGGAUAUCAAGGCUAUCCUUACCUUAGCCCAGGAUGCAAUGAUAUUGAUGAAUGCGCGGAUAAUACAAUUAAUACAUGUGUUUCAAAUUCAAUUUGCAUCAAUACUCCCGGCUCUUGUCACUGCUCAUGUCCAGAAGGGUAUGUUGGUGAUGGAAGGAAAGAUGGCACACGUUGCAUUCAGCUGCCGCCAUCUAAGACCAAGACCAUAAUCUUGACAGGUAUAGGCUCUGGAUUAGGAUUUCUACUACUCAUAUUAACGUGCUUUUGGUUGUAUAAGAUGUUGAAAGAGAGAAGGGAAAAAAUACUUAAAAAGAAAUUCUUCAAACGAAAUGGUGGCCUUCUCUUGCAACAACAAACAAAUGAAGGCACGCUUGGAAAAACAAAAGUUUUCCCUGCAAAAGAGUUGGAGGUAGCCACUGAUCACUUCAAUGAAAACCGAAUCCUUGGACAUGGAGGGCAAGGCACUGUCUACAAAGGAAUUAUAUCUGAUGGUAAAAUUGUGGCAAUAAAAAAAUCCAAGUUGGUUGAGGAGAAUCAACUAGAACAGUUCAUAAAUGAGGUUGCUAUAUUGUCACAAAUCAAUCACAGGAAUGUAGUGAGAUUGUUGGGGUGUUGUUUGGAGACAGAGGUUCCUCUGCUUGUUUAUGAAUUCAUGCCAAAUGGUACCCUCUAUGAUCUCAUACAUGAUCCCAAUAAUGAAUUUCCAUUUCCAUGGAACAUGCGUCUGAAAAUCGCAGCAGAUAUAGCCGGGGCAUUGGCUUAUUUGCACUCUGCAUCUUCUGUAGCUAUUUAUCACAGAGACGUCAAGUCCAGUAACCUCCUUCUAGACGAGAAAUAUGUUGUCAAGGUGUCGGACUUUGGAACUUCAAGGUCCAUUGCUGCGAAUCAAACUCACUUAACUACUCUGGUUAAAUGAACAUUUGGAUAUUUAGAUCCAGAGUAUUUCCAGUCGAGUCAAUUCACGGAAAAGAGUGAUGUUUAUAGUUUUGGAGUGGUUCUUGUGGAGCUUCUUACUGGGCAAAGCCCAAUUUCUAUAGAUGAAGAAGAAGAGGAAAGAGGCCUAGCUACUCGGUUUCUUACAUGCAUGGUAAGAAAUUGCCUUGACACAAUUUUGGAUCCUCAUGUUUUGGAGCAAGGUAAAAAGGAAGAGGUGAUUUUAGUUGCAAGGCUUGCACAGAGAUGCUUGUAUUUGAAAGGGAAAAUGAGACCAACUAUGAAAGAAGUGGCUACAGAAUUGGAAAAUUUUAGGAUGUCUCAAAUGUCUACUUUAGCUAAAGAUGAAUCAGAAGAUGAAAGAGAUUUUGAAGACAUGCCCACCAUGAUUUCAGACAAUGGAUACACGUGGACAGGUACUUACAAGAAUUUCAUUGCAUCGUCAUCAGACGCGCAUCCCUUGAGAUUGACAACAUAGUAAACUUAUGUCAAUAUACCAAGAAUCUAAAUGUUGUAAAUUUUGGAGUAAAUCGGUACAUAAAUAAUAAUCUGUAUGUUUUGCUUCAUUAGAUGAAGGAUGUAUUUUGUGCAUAUCAAAUGAUAAAUUCAUUUACUUUGA